UUUCCCUGAUAGCAGAUCCCAAUUCCUUCUUCCCUACCAAAGACACCUCACUCUGUCUACAGACGUCCCAGGGGCCGGCAAUCAUGUCUGGGUCGGCAUCAAGAGGCCUGGCGCGCGUCUUGCGCCAGACCAAAAGACCUUCGAUCCCUCGGUCUCAAGCCAGACAGUGCCAGCCUCUGCGGCCCUUGUUUGAACCCGUGCGAAAUUUCUCUGGAACGGCUCGACAACGGGAAGACACUGGCGAACCGCACCGCAAUGUCAAGUACACGACCGACAUGUACCCUACCCUCAAGCGAGACCCAAGGUUCUCCGAGAUCACGCCGGAGCAUGUCCAAUUCUUCAAAUCGGCGCUGGGCGAUGAUGCUGCGGUCAUUGAUGGAGUGAGCAGCGAUGCUUCGGAUGACCUUGAAGCUUUCAACACCGACUGGAUGAGGAAGUACAGAGGUCAUACCAAAUUGGUCUUGAGGCCUAAGAGCACGGAAGAAGUGAGCAAAGUGCUCAAAUACUGCAAUGACAAUAAGCUGGCUGUGGUGCCACAAGGUGGCAAUUCGGGUCUGGUUGGAGGGAGCGUGCCGGUCUUUGACGAGAUUGUCAUCUCGCUUUCCCGGAUGAACAAGAUCCGCAGUUUUGACGACAUCAGUGGCAUCCUGGUGGUGGACGGAGGUGUGAUUCUGGAAGUGGCUGACAAUUACCUUGCCGAGCAGAACCAUCUCUUCCCCCUGGAUCUUGGUGCCAAAGGGUCAGCCCAGAUAGGUGGUAAUGUGGCGACCAAUGCUGGAGGCUUGAGAUUACUAAGAUAUGGUUCGUUACACGGCAAUGUCCUCGGAAUCGAAGCAGUCCUACCGGACGGCACUAUUGUCGACGACCUUGGUACGUUACGGAAAAACAACACGGGCUACGACAUAAAGCAACUCUUCAUCGGAGGAGAAGGGACAAUCGGAAUCAUCACAGGUGUCUCGGUGUACUGUCCGCAAAGGUCCAAGGCAGUCAACGUUGCAUAUUUUGGACUUCCGUCGUUCGAGCAUGUCCAAAAGGCUUACAAGGAAGCCAAAGUCCAGCUCGGGGAGAUUCUAUCUGCUUUUGAACUCAUGGAUGCACGGAGUCAGGGCUUCGUUCACCAAGUCACCGGAAAUAAACGACCACUGGACGGUGACCAUCCCUUCUAUUGCCUGAUCGAGACAAGCGGUUCGAAUACAGAACACGACAGUGAAAAGCUCGAAAAAUUCUUGGAAUACGUUAUGAGUGAAGAGAUUGUCUCGGAUGGCGUGCUAGCCCAAGACGAGACUCAGGCCAAAUCUCUCUGGGCGUGGCGGGAGGGCAUCACCGAGGCUAUCGGCCACUUCGGCGGAACCUACAAAUACGACCUUUCCAUCCCCAUCCAGGAACUCUACCAACUCGUGGAAGACACCAGAGAUAGACUAGACUCGAAAGGCUUGGUAGGUGAUGACGACUCUUUCCCAGCAAUUGCCGUGGUCGGCUAUGGACACAUGGGUGACUCGAAUCUACACCUGAAUGUUCCCGUGCGGAAAUACACAAAAGAGGUCGAAGAAGCAAUAGAACCGUGGGUAUAUGAGUGGAUCCAAAAGCGGAGGGGAAGCAUCAGCGCCGAACAUGGUCUCGGGAUUGCCAAAAAGAAAUACAUCGGAUACAGUCGCAGCGAGACCAUGCUCAAGCUGAUGAAGCAGAUAAAGGAGCUCUAUGAUCCCAACGGGAUUAUGAAUCCGUACAAAUAUAUAUAAAAUGGCAGAGGCGGCUGACGGGUGAGACGCCGCGUCACAUCGAC